AUGUGUAAAAAUAGAAACACAUCUCUCCAUCCUGUUCUCAUGUUACUUGGCUUAAUUAUCUUGGGAGGAGAAGCCAUGGUUAGUUACAAAUCACUGCCUUUCAAUAAAAAGAUGAAGAAAGUGAUACACUUGGUUCUUCAUGCUCUCGCAUUGGCUCUUGGGAUCAUUGGUAUUUAUCUUGCGUUCAAGAACCACAAUGUGAGUGGAAUUGCCAAUAUGUACAGUUUGCACGCCUGGAUUGGAAUUGGGGUGAUCGUUCUCUAUGGUAUUCAAUGGACAUAUGGGUUCGUGACCUUCUUCUUCCCCGGAGGGAGUCCUACACUGAGGAGGGAGUCUAUUCUAUGGCAUGUGGUGUUUGGAAUCAUCGUGUACGUACUGGCUGUUGGCGAUUCUUCAUUAGGGUUCUUAGAGAAGCUCACAUUCCUCGAGAGAUCGGGACUCGAUAAAUUUGGGACCGAGGCCUUUCUCGUCAACUUCACCACCAUCAUCACAGUAUUGUUCGGAGUCUUUGUUAUAUUCUCGGUAAUUUCUGAAGCUCCACCUCCCGUAGAAGUUUACUACAGCUAUUCUUCUAUUUGA